AUGAAUCUACGUAAUGCUUUGCUCAGUCUGCUACCGGGCCUUCUUGUGGUCGGAGCUACAGAACAGCAGCCUCUUGGCUCCCAGGAGUUCAACCUCAUCAAAGAACUACAGAAGGCUGAAAUCAUCCCAACGGUCUUCGACUCUUUUCAUCCCCUACUCAAGCUUAAUGUGACGUGGAAGAAAGUCUCCGCAGAUGUAGGACACACCAUCAAGCCUAAGAAGAUGAGUAAACCGCCAUAUGUCCAACUCCUAGGCGAACUCCCCGACUUUACAACCUCCGACUUUACAACCUCCGAUGAACUCCCUCAACUCACCUUGAUCCUCACGGAUCCAGAUGCACGCAGUCGAGAUAACCCAGACUGGAGCGAAAUGUGUCAUUGGAUCGCCACCAACAUUUCGCUCACCACAUCCAUGUCUAUUAACGCCGACGAAGAGCAGACCUGGGAUGAGAUUGUAGAGUAUAAGCCUCCAGGUCCUCCGCCCAAGACUGGGAAGCAUCGUUAUGUGUUUGCUGCGCUGGCACCUAAGAAUGGGACUACGGAGAGGCUGUAUUUGAGCAAGCCCAAGGAGAGACAGCAUUGGGGUUAUGGAAAGGAGAGACAUGGGAUUAGACAGUGGGCAGAGGAGAAUGGUUUGGGAGUUGUUGGGGCGAACUUUGUGUAUGCGGAGGAUAAGAAGCAGUGA